CGACAGGCGCUUCCGCGCUUCCUCAAACAAACAAUGGUGGGGCGGGCACAGACCAGCACACAGCCGCAUGUAGGCUAGUGGAUUUGUAAAUAGAAUCAGAGGAAAUUUUUGUUUUUUAAUUGUGAUUUUAUAUUUUACAUAUAUUUUAACGUUGUACUGAAAGUUGAGCACAAUGUCAGUCUUGGAUGGUCUGAGGAACUCGCCCAAGGGACAACUUCCCUACACUCGCAGGCAUCUCGAACCUCUUGAACUGAAGCAUGCACUUGAUCAAGUUUCUCCUGUACCCUUGUCACGGCACCAUAAGGAGAGAGAGUCCUCAAAAUUCAAUUUAAGUUUUGGGCUUGACGCGUCUUCAUUUGACGACACAGAUGAUAUUAACGACGAUUUUAAUGAUAACUGCAGCCAGCAGGAUAGUUCUGUGUGGAGAAGUGACUUGUUCCGACUCAACAAAGAGUCCUUCAAGUCAACCGUUUCUAAUGGGGAAUUUGAGAAAAAAGAUCCCAGCAAAGAUGACCCACGUGGCACCACCAGACUUGCCGUCUCUGAUGUUGUUGGGCGGAGUCCUGGCACGUUGGACUGGUGGGCCCAAUUGACCACACCCGUGGACGACUCGCUACAGUUUGGCACAAGCUUGCGGGACAUCAAAGAUGCGGAAACCGCCUGGCAAGAAUGCUCAGAGCUGGCUCUGCUGGAGAGGUUGUCCCACUUUGAGAGUCAUGAGCGAAGUUUGGCCGGGCUCAUACAGCAGAGGGAGCAGGAGAUGCAGAAAAAACUGGCGCAGCAAGUGGAGGACAGGCAGAAGCUCAUUGACAGAAAGCUGAGGGAAAAGGUGCAAGAGACACAGAAAGUUUUGCAGAAACAGAAAGCAGAUCACGAGGAACAUCAAAUGAAAAUAGUCACCAAGAACAGAGAGAUAGAACGUCAGAGGCAAAAGCUGGAGGAGGAGGAGCGAGCCAGACAAGCUUUACAAAAGGAGAAACAGCAGACUCUGCGCUCAAUUCUUCAAGAAGUUGAUGAGAACAGACGCAAGUUCAACGAGAUACUGGAAGCUUGCCCCCACAAAGAUCAGUUGGAUGAAGUCGUGGGCAAGUUUAAACUAGUCCUGGACAGAUUUGGCUCCAAGUCAGACCUGCAGACGAACGCCCCCCUCGAUGAUGUCAUCAGCAAGUUUGAAGACCAGAGGCUAAAGAGUCACAAGGCUGUGGAGUUCCUGAAAGCAAAGAUUGCUGAGGCAGAUGCUAGAUCCCAGCAAGAAGCACAGAAGAAGAAAGAAGAAGAAGAAGCGAAAGCAAAGGAGGAGAAAAGGAAGGCAGAGACCAAGAAGCUGGAAGAGCAGGCUGCUGAAGACUGUGGUGUGCAAGCCCUGGCGUACAUCCUCAGAGAGUUUGCCGCCAAACACAAGAAGCUGUCGGAAGUGCAGUCGGGGCUGCAGGCUUUCAUUGACAACGCUCAGCUGAAGAAACAGCGGUUUGACCUCCAGCGCGCUGUGAACACGCCCAUCAACGCCAUUUCUGCGCUGAGCGGCGCCCACCUGCGCGACAAGCUGCAGCGUCUGCACGACCUUUUGGGAGGCCGGCCGGUGGAGGUCUCGGGCAAGCGUGUGCAGGCGACGGUCGUGGCUGAGGGCCCGAUGUUCUGUCAGAACCUGGUGGCGAAGAUGUUGGUGCGCAAGGGAGAGGAGCAGGUGACAUCCAAGCACGAGUCGGCGUUCGCCAUCGGCGCGGUGGCGGUGGCUCUGUGGGCCGAGUUCCCGCUGGUGGGAGAGCUGUUCAUGGCCCACCUGCACGCCGUGUGCCCGUACGUGCUGCCGCUCUACGCAGUGCGCCAGGGAGGACAGUCCAGCGCAGACUUCCACAGAGCUCAAGGUUACAAGAUCGCGGACGACGGGAGCAUCGAAGACCAGGACAAGUUCCUGCGCCGGAUGUCGGGCCUCAUGCGGCUCUACUGUGCCUGUUUGGUGGCCCCCGUCCCGCCAAAGGGGCCUAACUGCCCGCACCCGCAGGGCCUGGAGCACGCCUGGCGCUGGCUGGCCCGCGUCCUCGACCUUGAACCCCAACCCGACGUGACGGCGGCCUUGAUCCACGACAUGCUGUCGGUGGCGGGCCACGCCCUGUGCGCCGAGUACCGCGGCCAGUUUGCCAAGCUGCUGCGCCUCCUGCACGCCCAGUACCUCCCCAAGCUGAAGAGCGUCUCGGUGACCAGCGCCAUCGUGGGACGGCUGGAGAUCUUCCUCGAGACUGCGGUGAAGAACAACUGCCGCAUACCUCCGCCUGAGGGGAUCCUGCCGCAGAACUUUUGGUUUAGGUGAUGAUGAAAUUUUGUGGCAUAGGGGGUUCCGUUCCCUCCCUCCCUCCCUCCUAAGGAAGGACUUGAGUGUUGCAGUUCCGGGGAAGAAUAUCUCACGCUGUCUUAGGGGGCUUCUAGAAUGUCUGGUAUGGGUGAUGAGUAAGUGCGAAAUACGGUACCCCCCACUAAAGGACUUCUGGCUCAGAGUGUUUUUGGUAGGGGGGGGGGGG